AUGGGUCCCAGGACCUGGAGUUCCAGGGAGUCAAUCAAGUGGAUACCUCAAGAAGCCUUCAACCAGACCCAGUCUAGCUCCCUCCUGUGCGACUCCGUGGAGGGGAAGAACACCACCAGUUGCACCAGGACCCUGAGGCUGACAGAUGCAAGCAGCGCUGCCUGGUACAUCCUCACCAUCAUUGGCAUCUAUGGGCUGAUCUUCACGUUCCGGCUGGCCAGCAACAUUCUCAGGAAAAGCAAGAGGUCCUCAGAGGACGUUUACUACUCAAACUUAACUUCUGAACUCAAAAGGAAAGGGUUUCAGAGCAGGGUGGCCCAGUGUUCAUCACUGAUCAUCAGCAAUGAAGCCACUCUUUGGCCUCAGCAGCUCGGCCUGGAACCAAAAUAUGAAGACAGCAGGCUCCACAUGGGAACCCAGGUGGUCCCUUAAAGGUCAGGGUCACCAGCCCAGUACUGGGAAGCCACAGAAGGUUUGCAGGUUAGACAGUUUGGGGCCUGCCUAUGAUCUUGAGAAAGGAACUCAGUCCUGGAAUAGGGCAGGGUGAGCAUCUCUGGCCAUGGACACUUGGGGCUAACAAGAGUGUGAAUAAACCACAAGCAGCUUGUCUUCAGGUGACAGGGUAUCAACAGUCACCAGCUGCUGUCGCCAGGUGUUUCUGGUGUGAUAAGAGGAGGCAGUAGAAUCCACAGGUUGAAGGGAUCAGGGUUCUCAGAUGGGGCAAAGGGGUAGCUUUUUGUCAUAGGACGAAAGCUGCGUUUGGGGUCAGGAUUAACAUCCACCUUCCAGGGAUUGCAUACGUUCUUGAGUGUCAGUCAGUCACCUGGAAUAUGUGGGAGUUGGGAUUGACUGUCCCCAGAAGUGGAUUUGUCCAUUGAAUUUAGGAAAAACAGCAUUCCUUUUGGAUUCAGGAGUUCCGGACUCUGGUCUGGACUUGUUCAGUCCGGUUUUGAUGCCCAGGACCUUAUUACUGCACUUCUCUGAACACAGAUAGGUUUCCAGGUCGCACGAGAAGAGUGCUGCCCACUGGUCGUACCAUGAGACUGCACAUUUGAGUGCAUUUGAAAUGGGAAGUGCACAUGGAAAUAAAGGUGUGUUACAGG